AUGUUGUCAUUUUUGUGUGUUGUCGCUUCCGCGACACUAGCAGCGGCCACGUCCCUGCAUAUCGAAGGCCACCGCAAUGGACCUCUUAUCUUACAAGAUGCGGGCGACUUCUUCGUCGGCGGUCGCGAAGUGAAGGCUUUAGUGAAUAUUGGAGAUCCCUCAGACCCGUUAAAUGAUUAUCCUCGGGAAGACUGGAUCUCCGUGGAACAAAUGUAUGUGGAAUACCAAAUUCCGAUGAGCGGCGACGGCCUCCCAUACAUUCUUGUCCACGGCUGCUGCCUCAGCGGGAAAUCAUACAAGGAUACGCCCGACGGUCGCAUGGGCUGGGCCGAAUAUCUGGUGCGAAAAGGCCACCCCGUCUAUGUACCUGAUCAGACGUCUCGUGCUCGCUCUGGUUUUGACCCGACCAUUUUCAACAAAGUGAAGAUUGGAGAGGCAGCCCCAUCGGCUCUGCCGAGGCUUGAGAGCGCCGGCCGUGAGCGCGCCUGGGAUCUCUUCCGCUUCGGAUACUCCUACCCCCAGGUUUUUCCAGGCCAGCAAUUUCCCCUGGAGGCCAUGGAACAACUCUCCAAGCAAGUGAUCCCGGAUUUGAACGUCAUCCUGCCGGAUCCGAAUCCCGUAUUCGCCAAUCUGGCGACCUUGGCUAAACAGGUACACGGUGCGGUGUUGGUUGGACACUCCGAAUCAGCGUUCUUCCCCUUCCGUGCAGCCCUGAAUGACCCUUCGGCUGUCAAGGGUAUUGUUUCGAUCGAGGGACAGUGCUCCAUGCCAACGGACGAGGAGAUAGCUGUGCUGGCGACAAUUCCUACAUUGUUUGUUUAUGGCGACUACCUUGAUCAAGCUAAGGUUUCGCGCAGACUCUGGCCACAGUCACUUCAGGGCUGUCAGGCUCUCGUGGACCGACUCACUGCUGCCGGGGGAAAAGCGUUUGUGGCGGAGCUGCCUAGAUUGGGCAUAUAUGGGAAUAGUCAUAUGCUGAUGCAGGAUAAGAAUAAUCUCCAGAUUGCGGAUUUGAUCAUGGAUUGGAUGGAGAAGAAUAUAUCUAACUAG